AUGGCAAUUGACAAUGGAUGGGACACCGGAUGCGGUAAGCCCGAUUCUAUUAAGAUAUUAAAAGGUUUUCAAUCUGCUAUCUUCUUUAAGAGUAUGAAAUGUAAGGAUAGAAGAGGAGUGAAACAACCAUUUUCUGUAAAGAUACACUAUGAGGAGAUGAGUGAUAGUGAAAUUGAAGAAGAUUCAAACAAAGUUUAA